GACGUUUUAGGUUGAUUUUUGAUCAUGUGACCCAUGACUGCAACACAACGGGCCCAAGGCCAAGAUUUCAGUUCAGAAAAUGUUGAUAUUGUCUUCGUUAUAGAGAAUACUGCGGUCCUACAUUCUCUCUUCAAUGCAUUUAAACUCAGUUAUCUAGCCAAAUUCUUAGAGCAGCCCUCCUCCAACUCUAUUUCCAGCGGUUUAUUUGGCGAGUAUCCUGUUCAACAGUAUGGUUUGGUUCUAUAUGGCACUAAUGCCCCCGGAACCAGCGAAUGCAUAUGCUGCUUUCCACCAACUCAUGAUUUGUCAGUUUUCCUCAACCAAAUCAAAGAGAUAAAAUUUGAUGGCGGAGGUGCAGAAUCUCAGGCGUUUGUUGUCGAAGGAAUGGGUGUGGCACUUGAAAUCUUUGAUGAUAUGGAGAUAACUAGGAUCAAUAAGAAGCCCAAAGUUAAAAAACUUUGCAUUAUGGUCGGACAAAGCUCCCCAUACCUGAAUCCAUGUCAGUUUAGUCAGAAAUAUACUGGUCGCUCGUGUGAAAGGCUUGCAAAGAAUAUGGCUGAACGAGAAAUAAAGCUUUCUGUCCUUGCUCCUAGAAGAAAUGACCACCUCAAGAAAAUUUUUGAAGCUGCAUGUCCUGAAGAAAAUAGUAUAAAAGACUUGGGUGUUGACCCACAUCACAUGACUCUCAUAUCGGGAUGGAGUUUGCCAGUUUCAGACCAAGCAGAUAGUGCAACUAGUGCUGCAAAAGUGACUAGCUCUCCGCCCAAGAAGGUGAGAAAAGUAAAAGCAGAUAGUGGUCCAGCUAACCCAGCUUGGAGCACUGGUUCACCCCACCAUAUCCAACAACCAGCACAUCCGUCAGGCCAACAACCAGGCCCACCUCUCAUAGACUUCAACCUUAAUACCCCGUCGCCAAGUAACUUAGCUGCCGGUGUCGCUGCUGACCCAAACCAGCUGCAUGUCCCUGACCUCCCAGUCCAAUAUCCUGAUCCUUCCAACCAGAUUCACCAGCCCCGUAUGCCAGGGCCUCCACACUUGCAGCAGGGUGCUGGGGGGGCGAUACAACAGAACCCUCAGAUACCAGGUCCUGUAGUCGUCAUGCAACCUGGUCAAAUGAUGCCUGUUGGUCACCCGGGAAUGAUGCAACGACACAUUCAACCUGGCCAAGUACAGCCUGGGAUGAUGCACCCUCAGCAACAACAGCGGAUGAUGCAAGUAGGCCAGCCAGGAGGCAUACCCAUGCAGCCUGGUGCACCAGCAGGUGCUCCUCAGAACAUGGCACAAAAUGCUUACUACAACAAGAUGCUGCAGCAGCACCAACAGCAGCAACAGCAACAACAACAGCAGCAACAACAGCAACAACCUGGUCAGCAGCCGAAUCAGCAAAAUAAGCGUUCAGUGCUGUGGAAUGGACAGCUGGAAUGUUGGGAUGCAAAACAACGAGCUUCACCCAUAAUAGUGGAGUGUAAUCUUUCAAUAGAUGCUAGUGUAAAUGCGUAUCAAGAUACUUACAGCAGCAUAUCAAAGUGGCCUAAAAAGGCAGAAUUUUCUUUUAUGCCAGGCACUAUUCCGAGUCAACUCUCAAGCACAAAAAGGGCAGCGAAGUUAUAUUUUACUCUUAAUCCAAACAACAAUCAAAACCAAGAGAAUUCUAAAGGACAGAUUGAAAUAGGAUUGACAUCGACCGGGGAUUGUGGUUUGCUAACAGUAAAUAGUGUAGGAGGUGGAAAAGAACAAGUACUCAUGUUCUUCAGCACUAAAAUGAAAACCUUCAUGGGUUUAUAUCCUUUCAACCAGGCCCAGUUUCAAGAGGAGCUAGCCGGAAAGUUGCAAGAAGCAGAAUACUCAGCUGCUGUCAACACCUUGCCUAAUCCACGCCAAGCUGUUCAGCAGCAACAGCAACAGCAACAAACUCCACAACAACAAAAUCAACAACAAGUUCAGCAACAACAGCAACAACAACAACAAGUCCAACAGCAACAACAGCAACAGGUUCAACAGCAGCAACAGCAACAGGUUCAACAACAGCAAGCUCAACAGCAACAAGCCCAACAAAAGCAGCAGCAAGCUAAGCAAAUGCAACAAGCCAACAUGGUCCAGGGUAAUAUACCACCUGGUAAUGCUAACAACAGCAUUGCUUUCCAGCAGGCCAUGAUGGCUCAGCAACAAAUGCAGGCUCAGCAGAAUCAGCAGAGGAUGAUAAGAGCCCAGGGAAACCCUCAAAUGAUGGGACCUCAAGCUGGCCAGAUGAACCCUAGGAUGCAAAUGCAGAACCAGAUCAACAUGCAGCAGCAAAUGCAACAAUUCCACCAGAUGAGAAACGUGCAAGGAAUCCCUGCACAAAUGCAGCAGAUGCCCAAUGCUCCGGUCAUGGGUCAGAUGACACAGAACCAGAUCAUGGCCCAGCAGCAGGGGCAGAUGAUGCAGCAAGGCCAGAUACCCCAACAAGGUCACAUUCCACAGAGCCAGAUGUUACAGCAAGGUGGGCAACCAAUGCAGAUGAGGAUGGCCCCUGGGAUGCAGAUGUCGAGAAACGAUGAAAUGAUGAUGCAGCAGCAACAACAAAUGCAGAUGAUGAUGCAACAAAGAGGGCCAGGUGGUCUAACUAUGCAGCAGCAACAACAACUGCAACAGAACAUGCAAGCGCAGAACAUGCAGAACAACCAGAUGAUUCGACAGCAGCAGCCUUGGACUGGACGACAAUAGGAAAAAUUUAUAAAUUCAAAUAUUUUGAAUUAAAAUACAUUAAUAUUUUUAAUUUUACGAAGUGGUAAAUACUUUAAGUUGCUGGCAGCGAAUUGAAAUAUAAGAUCGAAUCUAAGAUGUAUUGAAUUGUACUUACAUGUCUUUUGUGAAUUGUGUCUAUUUCACGUUGUAUAGGAGCCUCUCCAACGUUAUUUAUUUAUGUCACGUCAAAGGGUAAAGAAGCUAGAUAUUCAGCUUGGGUAAAGUCCAAAUGUGUUCCAAUAUUUAUUAUUUUAUGACGAUCUUAUUUUAAUUUAAUGACUUUGUAAA